GGCAUUCAUUGUGAAAUUGAAACUCAAAAUUGAAACAACGCGGACACACACGGUUGAAACGCAGAGCCCAGUGCGAAAAGAAUUUCAUAAUCAAAAGUUAAUCGAGUGCCAUACAGAAACCCCACUCGAAAACCCCACGCCAAAAACAGUGCAAGCCCAGAGUGCUAAACAAGUGGAAGCCAACGGCUUGAAAAUUACCCCAAACCCAUCAAAACCAAAACAAACGGAUUACACUAGCAACAUGGUCGUCGAGGAGACCUGCACCAUGCACCUGAACAUGAACAUGAACAUGCCCAUGCCCAUGGAUAUGGAUUUGGAGCUGGAGCUGGACAUCGAUCUGGCCAUGGAGUGCGCGCCCAUCGGACGCACCGUGAAGUCGGCCCUGAUGAGGGCCCAGAGCGAGGCCCGGGUGAUCGUGGGCCUGUCCGCCGCCAUCAACGUGCUCUCCAAGUCGCCGGAGGGAUCGCUCUUUUGCCUGAUGGCCCAGCCCAAGGACGGCGACUCCGCCACCCACAUGCACGAGGUGCUGCUGGAGGCCUUCUGCUACGAGAACGACAUCUAUGUGAUCAAGGUGGACGACGCCACCAAACUGAGCCGCAUCCUCGGCCAGGACUCGGUGGAGUCCUGCUGCCUGGUGCAGAAGGUCUGGGCCGACGCGCCCGAGGAGCAGCUGACCAAGGCCGAGAACCAGCUGGUCGACUACUGCGAGGCCCACUGGGAUGCCCCCCAGCAGCCCAUCGUCCAGCUGCCGGCUGUGUAGGCCGCCCAAGUAUGCCACCGAAUUGAACAGGCCCCGCGGACAGUGGGCCACACCAGGUUUAAAGCGCAUAAAAAUCAGGGAGAACCAGUUGCUGGGGUUGAUGUCCCCGAACGUCUUGGAGAGUUCCCGAGGGAAUCCGGCGUGUCGGGGCGCUUCCAGAGCCCACCGGUCGCAUGAGUAGGAUAUGUAGUAUACGAUAUAUAUACAAUAUAUUAUAUACCCUAACUAACUGUAUACUGAGGAGAGAUUGAUAAGCCGGCGCCUUGGCGAAUAAUUGAAACUGAAAGGCGACCUUCGUGGAGCAGCAGAACCUGCAGUUGCGAUCGCGAUACCCGCGGAAGUCGCACACAGAUACGCACUCUCACACCCACGGGCAGCAUCACACACACACACUCGCAGCCAGGAGCUCGUGACCAGCUGCCAAACGAUGCAUAUACCCACAUACAUACAUAUAGCCAAUUUGUUUCUGUAUAAUUUUGUCGCUUUAAGCG